GAUAACUGCGAAAGAAAGUUUGCCCAUCACACGUUUGAAUUUUGGAAGAACGAUCCAUGCAGCGUCGAGUGACAUUCACACUUUAGGAAAAUUGAAAUGCUCCGGCCAGAAGUUGGUCGACGGAAUGCCAACCUCUUGCGUGGAAUUGUGGCAGAUCGGUCAUGUCCUCAACGGCUUAUAUUUGAUCAAAGGCGCAUCUCAAGUAGAAACGGUUUACUGUGAUUUUAGCAAAGCUUCAACCGACGCAGGAUUUGAAAAGUGGAUUGGCUUUGCUGAUGUUAAAUCUUCAUCUGUUUAUUUUGAUGUACAGAGGAAUACGACUUACUCCACUAUUAACUCUGUCAUUCCAUAUGAAAUCACAAGAACUAAUGUGGGGAAUGCCAUGAACCCUUCGACUGGAAUAUUCAUAGCACCGAGACCGGGGAAAUAUUUUUUUGAUUAUUCUGGUAUUGCUGAUUUCACUCAAGGAACCAGCAAUGCUGCUCGCGUUGAUUUUCAGUUGAAUGGUGCUAGGAUUGCACAAGGAUAUAGUCACACCACUUAUGAUACAUUUGCACACCAAUCCACUUUGGAGCUUAAAGAAGGAGACCAAAUAAGACUGUUCUUGGUAGCCGGAGCUAUUAAUGGUUAUCAUACUACUUUUGUUGGCUGGUUAGUCGAAGAAGAUGAUGUGUUCAAUGUAUAGAGUGACAGCCGACGCGCAGAAGAACAAAAAACAAAUUUUGAUUUGAUUUGGGCAUUUUGAAAUACGUUUCGUGCGGUUUCUCCAUGGUAAAUUGAGUCGAAAGUUUGUGUCAAAUAUAUAGUUCGCGAUAGUUCGUUUAACUGCGUUUAACCAUCCGAUAAAAAAAAAGUUAUGCAAUAAAUCAAGUGUUUCCGAUGGUAAAUUAUUCUGAUAUUUUUUUCAUUAUUGCAAAGAGCUAAGCAAAACUAUAAUGAGAUUGCCCGUAUUAUCCGUGACUCUUUUGGCACUUGCAAACUCUCAGUUGUUGCUCGAUGCGGGACUGAAUAUGAUUUAAAAAAAAAAUUGAAUAUCGUUUAUAAAAAGACGAAUUUUAUCCAGCUUAUACUCCUUAACCUUAUUACAUAAACUUGAGUCGAAAAAUACACCCGUUGCGAUUG